AUGUUUAGAUUUUCUUGUUUCCAUGCUAAUGUUCACGGCAAUAAGGCAAAGAAAACAGUUCAACCUUCUACUGAAGCAAUGUUGAAGGCUUUGCAAGAUGUUGCCCAAAAUAAAGGCGGUAAAGAUUCAUCUAAUCCUCCAAGCACAUAUUCACCUCUUUCGAAAGAACAAGCAGACCAGCAAAUAGAUGUCACUGGGAAUCAUCUUAGCAAUUGGGAUUCAGGUGAGCGCAGUUGUAGGUCAGAGGAUCUGAAUAGCAAGUUUUCCUUUGAAAAUGAAAUCCAAGUUAACCAAACUAGGCUAAGUCUUAAGAAGAGUCAGUCUCUUCAAAGUGGGCUUGACGGGGAUGGUGAUGAAGAUCUGGGGCUGUCGUGCGAUGGUGCCAGAAGCCACAUGGAGUCAACGAUGUCAACUUCCAGAAAGUAUCAUAAUGGAAACCCUGUUGAUCAGUAUGGAAGUAAUCCAAACGUUGUUUUUCCACCCAGUUCAGGUCUUGCAAAUGAUAGCUCACUUUUUUCAAUUGGAGACCCAACACCUUCAGAUCAAGAUGCCCAUGAAAUUUCUGACACUCCUUUAUCUGGUGAAUGUGCUGGUGACAUUCCUGACCAGAUUUCCGUUCCUGGUACCGUAUCUCUAAGGAAGUCACGUUCUUCACCCAAUGUCAGAGCUUCUAUACUUCCCGCUGAAAAAGAAGCUUUCAAACGUGCAUUGUCAAGAUCUUCUGACGAUCUUCACUCUUUACGCAUGAGGCAGAAAGGGGAAUUCAUCAAUGAGUUUGAUGAUCAAAUAAGGGGUGAUCAAGAAAGAGAGCAUGACAUGGGAAAAACUGAAGAUGGCCAAAUGGACAACUUCUUUGAUGAUGGUUUCGAUUCUUAUUUGCUUUCUGGUUCAGCAAAAGACUGGGUAGUGCCAAUUGCAUAUGAUACAAGUGAUGUCAAAACCCUUGAAGGAGAUUCCUCAGUUGAAUUUCCCAACAAAGAUUUUAAGAUUAAACGCAUUGAGGAUUGGGUGAUUGGUCUGCAGCAUUGUGGACCACCUCUAGAGGAAACAAAUGAAGAGUUGCCUGAAGUUACUAAACCUUUAGGUGAUGUUAACACAGUAAAUGGUGUGAAUGCUGCCAUUGUGGAUCAUAAGAUCACUCCAGGAAUGGAAGCAGCUAAAAGAUAUAUAUCUUCUCUGGGGGCGAAUGCCACUGCCGCUCAGCUGGGUAAUCAUGGGUUGGUUGUGAUCCCCUUUUUGAGUGCAUUUGUGAGUUUGAAAGUGCUCAAUUUGUCUGGAAAUACUAUCGUGAGGAUAACCGCUGGUGCUCUUCCUCGUGGACUUCACGCGCUGAAUUUAUCCAGAAACAAGAUCUCUACUAUUGAAGGAUUACGCGAACUUACACGGCUUCGUGUCCUAGACCUCAGUUACAACCGUAUAGUAAGAAUUGGACAUGGCCUUGCAUCCUGCUCAUCUCUGAAAGAGCUGUACCUGGCUGGAAACAAGAUCAGCGACGUAGAGGGUCUGCACCGUCUCUUGAAACUUAGCAUCCUGGAUCUCCGUUUUAACAAAAUUUCAACAGCCAAAUGUCUAGGGCAACUUGCAGCCAACUAUAACUCCUUGCAAGCUAUCAACUUGGAUGGGAACCCUGCCCAGAAAAAUGUUGGAGAUGAACAUAUGAAGAAAUAUCUGCAAGGCCUUCUGCCCCAUCUUGUCUACUACAAUCGGCAGCCUAUAAAAGUCAGCACUUUGAAGGAAGGAGCAGAACGGUCGGUUCGUUUAGGAAUGAAUUCCCAUCAGUUUGAUCGCAACCUUAGGUCGGAUCGCAAGACCACAAGGAAGGGCAGCCAAGGUGUUGUUGCCUCACGAAGGUCAUCGGCCGCUUCCACUCACGUUCGCAGAACUUUGGAUUCACCAAAAGUAUCCAAAGGCAGACAAGCUCUCCUGCCGCCAUCUAGAACCAAACUACCAACCCACAGUCGCUAUCAGUUUGAGGCUCCCACCAAAGUAUUGACCUUGACAUCAGAGCGUGCCAUUCGCAAGAGUCGCAGCGAGGGAAACUUUGGAGCUCUGUGA